UAUGUUCGUAUACGAGACAAUCGUUGCUAUUCAAAGAUGGCGGUCAUAACAAACGUAUGGAAGUGCGUUAGGAGAGCUAUUUUCCCUUCGUUUGUCGUUAUUUGUUUCUGUUUAUUACCAGUAUUGUGUGAGGAAGAAGCGGAUAUAAACUUCAACUUCAGUGAAAUCCCUGGAAUCGACCCUGAUGAGUUUCAGGAACCUACUGGGAAACCCAGGAGUGGGGCCACGAGACAUGUGGAUGCAAUUAAGAAGGAAAAACCACUUCAGGAUUACCACCAAAUGCAUGCUGGAAAGAAGUUGUUUUUGACCUCUGAUGGCAAGAGGAAACUACACAUCUUUUGCUAUAACGGGGAGUCAAAAGUGCUCAUUACAGUCUUCAAAACAGUUGAGCUUCACCUGGACAUUGAGGACGACAAUUUCCAUCACUAUGAGGGUCAGAAUUCAUCAGUCGUAAAACAGCAGCACCAAGAUGCAUCCUGGCUUGCUUUUUAUCCAUGGCGGGUUAGGACAUUUAAGCUAGAUCUGUACAAGCAAUCUUGCAUAGGGAUUGACAGCAAGAAUGGAUUCAAGGUUGAACUGCGUGUACGAUCAUUUGGAUGAUGACAUGAUCCUUGCUUAUGAGAGCAACCAUUUAACUCCAACACGUCUAGAUGACGAAGAACUGUUCCUCACAACAGACAGUGAAGAAGAUGCUGACUGAAUUCAAAGGGAACAAGUACUUUGCUUUAGUACUUAAGAUUGCUGACCAAUAAAUCACCUCAAAAGAUACUUGAGACCUCAAGUGAAACUGCCUUUCUUGUUUUUCAUUGGUUAUUUGUAUGUGGUUUGCAUUAUCAACUGGUUUCAGUUAUAUUCCAUGACUUAAAGAAUGUUUUUGUAAAAGUGAUAGACACUUAUUUUCAAUACAUGUAUUCACUCAGCAAUAAUUUUGUCCCUAAGGGAUCGAGCUGGAAGUUCUUGUCUGUAUAUAUUCUGUCAAAACCUGUGUAUUCAGUAAAAACUACUUUCUUUUCUCUUUGCUAAGAAAAAAUGUUAAUCUCUAGGUUACUUGCAUUGAUCUCAGUCACUCAAAAAUGUAUAUCCCCAGAUAUCUUCGAACUUGGUAUGUAUAAUAAUUAUUAUUAGAUUUGAGAUUCUCAUUUUUUUGACACAAAAUAAUUUACUAUGCAACAGCCAUUAUGUUUAGUAUUAGGGAUUGUGAAUGGCUUUCACCUGUAAUACCUACUUGUGUCACAUUUCGGGCAAUCCUUAUGUAUCUGAUUUCUCUUUAUGUCCUGGUCCCUUUUGUAUGCGUUUUUGCAUGAGGUAGUUGAUCCAACCCAGUGCUCAAUAACUACUCAUUUCAUCCCCUCUCUUCUUUCAUCAUUCAUUCAUCAACCAAGUGCAGUUCAGCAUACUUUCCUAAUUUAAGAGAGAAAUAGCUAAGUUAAAAUUGGUAAUUAGCCAUGUUAGGUAUGGAUGUGACUGGUUUGGCAGAGUGCAUGAAACAAGCAGGAUGACAUGAGAGAAAUAGUAAAGGACAAUUAGAGAUCCAUUAAUGUAGCAUGCACUUAAUUUUACAAAAUGCUGAUAUUGUGAUUCCAUAUACUAUCUACUAAAGUGUAUGUAAAGUAUAGCAAAAUAUUUGUUUUUUCUUUUUUUGUGUGUGUGAAUCCAUUGAAAAUAAAAUCAUAUGAUCAGUGAACUUUGUAGUCUAUUUUUUGUAUAGACUACGUUGAUAUCUGCUUGACCUAAGUAACCUUGAAAUGUUUAAUUAGGACUGCAGUGUCAGCAUUUCCCCAAUUAACACAUUUCAUCAUACUCUGAGGUUUGCAAAUUUUCAAUAUCUUCAGUAUCUCUGCAUUAUAUCCCUAUACUGAUGGUGCCAGAAUUUUCUGUGUGGCACUCAUUCUGGUGACUACUGGCAACCGUCUAGCCCUAUCAGCAGGGGGUUCGCAGUGUACAGCCGAUCCUUCCUAUUCAUGAUGCAAUUACAUGUGACCGACAAGAAGGGUGUUUUCCAUGAUGGGUAUAGCCAUGCCUGGCAGCUGGGUGAUAUAGAUGUAAGUGCAGGUAUCUAUGAAGAUUGAUUGCCAUUCGUUAUGGACCAUGUAUAUCAACAGUAACAUUAAACAAGUAUUUUAGCAGUAAUAUUUUAAGCGAUGAGUGAGAUCAGUGAACAAUAAUGGAAUUACACUGAAAGUUCUAUACAUACAUUGUUCAUGUAAACUCAUUUCUCACAGAAAAACAUCCAGACAACAGAAAAGAUAAACAUGUGAUAAAAAUUACAUAGCUAGAUAAAGCAAUAAUACCAAAUCCAUCUUUGUAUCACCCAGCUAUCUAUAUACCA